AUGGACACCGACGAGGUCAUCCCGCCGCCGCCGAAGAGAACGGCGCGGCCCUCGUCGGAGAAUCCGGAUAAGCCGUUCGGUCAGCCGAGCUAUGACGGCGUGAUCGCGGGGAAGGUGUCCGGUCGGAAGUGGAAACAGGUGCGGCAGCGGAGGGCGUCGGCGACGCAGGUGAGCCGAAAGGGUACAACGUUCGAGCAGAGAGAGAGGGAGAAAAUGAUUAAGAAGGCGUACAAAGAGAGGAUGAUGGAGCUGAAGGAGGAGAUUCGGUUGAACAAGGUGGAGAAGCGGAAGAAGAGAGAGGAAAGAGAGAAGAAGAAGCAGGAGAAUAUUAUCAGAUCUGGAACCAAGUUCCAGAAGAUUACCAACCCUAACACCUUGAAGAAGAUUGCCAAAUCGAAACAGAGGAAGCAGCUUAGGUUGUUCCUGAUUAAUUGCUCAGGAAAUGGAAUAUUUGUUGUGUUUUUUAUGUUUUUCAAUUCAAUUUUUAUAUAUUUUGGUGGGAAGUUUUGUAGUAUUAUUAAGACUCCGAUUAAUGCUUAG